CAUGUCCCGCCGGGUCAAAACCAGAGCCCCCUCGUCCUCUCACCUCUUUUCUCCUUGCUCGCAGGCACCUAGCUGAGCUCAGCGACGCUCCCUCACUCUCGCUGUCGCCCGGGCUCAGCUGCUCGCUCCACGCCUCCACCGCGCCGGCGCUGCCGACGCUGGUCGCCGGGGCCUGUUUCGUUAGUGGGGUGGGAUGGAGCUGGGGCUCAGCCUGGGGGAGCCGGACGCCGGGAGGGCGGCGCCGGAGCUGGGGCUGGGGCUCGGGGUCGGCGCCGCGGGGAGGGGAGAGGAGGGCGGGAGGGCGAGCGCGGCGGCGGGGGCAGGGCCGAGGUGGUGGGCGGCGCCGGAGCCGGCGGUGCGGCUCAGCCUCGUGUCCUCCAGCCUCGGCCUCCACUGGCCGGACGAAGGGGGGCGCUCCUCCGAGGUGCCGGCGCGCGGGUUCGACGUGAACCGGGCGCCGUCUGGGGCGGCGGGCGCGAGCGCGUUGGCGGCGCCGGAGGAGGAGGACGACGAGGAGGACCCCGGCGCGGGGGCCCUGUCGUCGUCGUCGCCCAACGACAGCGCGGGCUCCUUCCCGCUGGACCUGGGCCGCCGCGCCGCCAGCCACGCCGAGGGCGCCGCCGCGGCGCGGGCCGGCGGGGAGCGCUCGUCGUCCCGCGCCAGCGACGAGGACGAGGGCACCUCCAACGCGCGCAAGAAGCUGCGCCUCUCCAAGGAGCAGUCCGCGUUCCUGGAGGAGAGCUUCAAGGAGCACAGCACCCUCAACACCAAGCAGAAGGCGACGCUGGCGAAGCAGCUCAACCUCCGGCCGCGCCAGGUGGAGGUCUGGUUCCAGAACCGCCGCGCCAGGACGAAGCUGAAGCAGACGGAGGUGGACUGCGAGUACCUGAAGCGCUGCUGCGAGGCGCUGACGGAGGAGAACCGGCGGCUGCACAAGGAGCUCGCCGAGCUGCGCGCGCUCAAGACGGCGCCGCCCUUCUACAUGCACCUCCCGGCCACCACCCUCUCCAUGUGCCCCUCCUGCGAGCGCGUCGCCUCCAACCCCACCUCCGCCGCCUCCACCUCGGCGCCCGCAUCGUCCGCGCCGCCGGCCACAGCCGCCGCCGCCGCCGCAACCGCAACAACCGCGCGCGGCGAGCACCGGCCCUCGUCGUUCGCCGCGCUGUUCGCGGCGACGCGCAGCUUCCCGCUGGCCUCCCAGCCGCGGCCGCCGGCGCCGGCGAGCAACUGCUUGUAAAUACGCGCCCCGCCCCGCGCGGCUCCCCGCUGGCUGGUUGGUUCUCGUGAGAAUUUUUGGGGUUUCCGAGGCCGUCCGUCGCCGUCGCGUCGACGGCCGGGAUGGAUGCGAGGAGCGGAGGCUGCUUAUCCACCUUUUGUUUCUGCCAAAUCCAAAUGCUCUCCUGUUUAAAAACAUGGAGUGUUCGUGCUAACCACGAACGAUUCACGGUUUAAUCUUUGUUUAGGGCGAAGAAAUUCGCUCCAUUUUUGUUUCUUGGUUUGCUCGAGCGGCAGCUCGGAUCGAAGGACGGUGUCGCCAUUGCACUGUUCAUGAAGCUCAUUUGCUUCGCAGUUCGCGGUUCGUA